GGGAGCUGUUCUUCAAAUUUGACACCUUUCUGAAUUAGAUCCAUCUGUGUCACUGCAUUUGUUUGGUUUAAAUCCAGCAAUGGCCCCGUGUAGCUCCAGUUAUUUUUUGCCUUGUCAUGUCGUUGUGGACUGCAAUCAUUGAAGGAAGAUAACAGGCCUGCAGAUUCAAAUGGUGAGACCACUGAGCAACUGCACCAUAGAAAUCGAAUGGUUUGAAUGGGAUUGAAUGAAUCCAUUCAAUGUCCAUACUGGUCCGGUCGUGCGCUCAGGAAGUUUUGACCCGAAUUGAAAAUGUGAUCCUGGGAGUGGUGACCAGUCUGUCCAAAGAUGAAGCCCCUGUCCUGGUGCUACCAAACAGGUCCAGCUGGGCAAAUGUCAGUUUUGACAGUGCUGUUGGGCUUCAGAUGAGCUCAGGAAACUCUGUCACCACCAUUCGGAGUGACUGUCCUUCAUCUGUCACUAAAUUUGCACACAUUCUCAAGAUUCUCUCCAUCAUCUACAAACUCAUACAGAGCAACUCAUAUGCUACAAAAAGGGACAUCUAUUACAAAGACCCACAGCUGUUUGGUUCUCAGAGAAAUGUUGAUUUCAUAGUGGAUGAUAUCUCCUGCAUGCUAAAGGUCCCUCGCAGGACACUACAUGUGUUGGCCACUUCCAAAGGACUAAUCUCAGGUGAUCUGUGUUACUUGGAAGAGGACGGCACAAGGGUCGACUGCCACUCCAGCUCCAUCGCUGUCGCAGUGUCAUCAAAUGUUGGCGGGAUUAAAAAUAUCGUAUCAUCUGCAAAAUUUGUCAUGAUAGUGGAGAAGGAUGCAACAUUCCAGAGCCUGCUGGAUGAUGACUUCUGCACAAAGCUCUGUCCUUGCAUCAUGAUCACAGGUAAAGGCGUCCCAGACGUGAACAGCAGGUUGAUGGUGAGGAAGCUUUGGGACACGCUGCACAUCCCCAUCUUCGCUCUGGUGGAUGCCGACCCUCAUGGCAUUGAGAUCAUGUGUAUCUACAAGUACGGAUCAGUGUCUAUGUCGUUUGAGGCCCACAGUCUGACUGUCCCCAGCGUUAUGUGGCUAGGCCUCCUCCCCUCCGACCUCUGGAGGUUGAAGGUUCCUGAGGACACCCUGAUCCCUCUCACCAAGAGAGAUGAGAGCAAACUUAACAGCCUCCUCAAAAGACCCUACUUGACCGACCAACCGGAGUGGCAGCGAGAGAUGGAAGUGAUGCAGCAGAGUAAGGUCAAGGCUGAGCUUCAGUCCCUGACAGCCAUAGCUCCUGAUUUCCUCACAAGCAUCUACCUGCCCAACAAGCUGCGCUAUGGGGGCUGGGUAUGAGGACCAUGCUGCCCCCUAGUGGAGUAAUAAGUGAACUUGUAAAGGUGGUUACAAAACCAUUGGACUGAAAUGACUA